AUGAAGCUGUUCCUGGCACUAUGCGUGGUGGGAGCCGCCUUGAAACAGGGCUCGCUGAACUUGCUGAAGGUGCCGGUCAGCGACCUCGACUUCGAGGACACGCUGGUGACGGCCCUGCGCGCCUCGAAGGGCCGCUCCAGCCCCGAGACCAAGGCCUUGGUGGACAAGAUCCAGCAGCUCUUGAACGAUGCCAAGCCCUCGAUCAAGAAGACGUUGGAGGGCCUCCAGGCCACGCUGACCAACGCGGGCAACGCCAUGUCCGACUGCGGUGGCCAAGAGAUGCAACGGAGCUCCUCGGCCUUCGAGAAGAACUUCACGGCCAAGAGCGCGGCACACAAGACAUGUCGGCAGACGCAGAAGCAGAACCUGGAUGCACAGAACACCUGCCAGACCGAGCUAAAAACUGUGACAAGCACCGCCAAGACGACAUGCGAGGCGUUGGAAGCACUGGAGAAGACCAUGUACAGCGCCAAGGACUCUUGUGAAGUGAAGUCUGGUGAGGCUUUCGAGGCCUACCACACGCGGCUGAUCGAGGCUUCGCAGAAGACUCUCGCAGAGUACAAGAAGCUGAAGGAGGGGUGCGCCAAAGCCAAGAAGGAGUUGGAAGACAAGGGGCCCGAGUGCACCGUCGCAUUGAAGACUUACGAAAGCCAGAAGGAAAACUGCGACAGCGUGCAGGAUGCCAUGGAUAGUCUUUCUUGCUCCCACUAUGAGGCGGCAACCAGCAAGUGCGAGGCUUCCGGAACGUGCUACGACAAGGCUGUCGCGAAUUACGAGUCUGUCCAGACUUCGUCCAUGUCCGAGCUGGACAGCUUGAAGAAGGAGUGGCGCGCCAUCUUGCGCAUGGAGUGCAUCAUUCAGGUCUUCAAUCUCGAGGAGUCCAAGCGGGCCAGCGCCAUCGACAGCUGCCAGGCGCAGGAUAUGAGUGGACAGGCCGACAGCGACCUCCCGCUGCAGCUCUCCACCAUCCCCAACAAGCCCAGCUGCCACGUCCCGGCCAACAAGGCCGGGAGCGCAGGCUACGUGCAGGCCAACUUCGAGGGCCUGCCUGCAGACAGUCCGGCCAAAGCGUGUGUUGCUUCGUGCUGCCAGCAGCAGUCCGGCGGCGGCACGUCCGGCUUGGACUUCUCGGGGCUCGGCACAACACCUUCCGGCGACUGGCGCCUCGCCCUCAACGUCGAUACGAACGAUGGCAACGUGGUCUCAUACGUGAACACCGACUUCUGGGAGUCCGCCACGGGCCUGGGCGGGGCCAGCGACAAGGCGGAAGAACGCUUCACUCGGGACUACAAGGACUUGGAGGUCUUCAACAAGGUACAGGCCAAGCAGCUGCUGAUCGUCUGCCACAACGAGGGCAAGGCGCUCGGAUGGCGCUCUUGGAAGUUGGUGGACACGAAGACGUUGCAGGGCUGGUUCACGAUCGGCAACACCUGCACCACGGGACUUGCGGAAAAGAAGUUCCAGAUGGCUGUGGAGACCACAGGUGCUGACGUGGGAACCCUGGUCAAGAACGAGCCCUUGAUUAAGAACACCAUCGACGGCACCGACAAGCUCUAUGUCAAUUCAAAUCACGAGAACGGGGACUGGGACUUCAACAGGCUCUCUGUCAACGUCGACAUCAACUGGUCCGGAAACUUUGGGGCUGGCCUUGGCACCCAGUACGACACGCAGUUUCUCGGGUCCAACACCUGUGGUAAGACUGCGCGGCCGAUGGCGGACGCAGAAAUGCGAACGGAGCAGCACCACUGGGGCAGCAGUGGCGGAAUGGGUGGUCUCAUUGGUUCAGAUCACACCUGCCACGAGAAUUGCCCAUGGACGAUCAGCUCGGGCUACGAUUACGACUACGCCAUCUUCGUUCUGGCUUGA